AUGAUGGAUGAUUUGAAGAGAUUCCCUUACAAAAAAUUACCAAGUGUUGAAGGUCUUCAUGCCAUUGUAGUGUCAGAUAGGGAUGGAGUGCCUGUUAUCCAAGUGGCAAAUGAUAAUGCUCCAGAGAAUGCUUUGAGACCAGCUUUCCUCUCCACCUUUGCACUUGCAACAGAUCAGGGCAGCAAACUGGGACUUUCAAAAAACAAAAGUACCAUUUGCUAUUGCAAUGCAUACCAAGUAGUUCUAUUCAACCGGUUACCAUUGGUGGCAAAUUUCAUAGCAAGCAGCAGUGCUAAUACUGGACUGAUUGUCAGUCUAUAA